AUGGUUAAACAAAAUGCAGAUCAGUCAUUUGAAGAUCAGUCGCAUGAAGAUCAGUCAUUUGAAGAUCAGUCAUUUGAAGAUCAGUCAUUUGAAGAUCAGUCAUUUGAAGAUCAGUCAUUUGAAGAUCAGUCAUUUGAAGAUCAGCCGCAUGAAGAUCAGUCAUUUGAAUGGCAAUCAUAUGAAGAUCAGUCGUAUGAAGAUCAGUCUUAUGAAGAUCAGUCGUAUGCAGAUCAGUCAUUUAAAGAUCAGUCAUUUAAAGAUCAGUCAUUUAAAGAUCAGUCAUUUGAAUGGCAAUCAUAUGAAGAUCAGUCGUAUGAAGAACAUUCCUAUGAAGAUCAGUCGUAUGCAGAUCAGUCAUUUGAAGAUCAGUCAUUUGAAUGGCAAUCAUAUGAAGAUCAGCCGCAUGAAGAUCAGUCAUUUGAAUGGCAAUCAUAUGAAGAUCAGUCGUAUGAAGAACAUUCCUAUGAAGAUCAGUCGUAUGCAGAUCAGUCAUUUGAAGAUCAGUCAUUUGAAGAUCAGUCAUUCGAAUGUCAAUCAUAUGAAGAUCAGUCAUUUGAAGAUCAGUCGUAUGAAGAACAUUCCUAUGAAGAUCAGUCGUAUGCAGAUCAGUCAUUUGAAGAUCAGUCAUUCGAAUGUCAAUCAUAUGAAGAUCAGUCGUUUGAAGAACAUUCCUAUGAAGAUCAGUCGUAUGCAGAUCAGUCAUAUGAAGAUCAGUCAUUUGAAGAUCAGUCAUUCGAAUGUCAAUCAUAUGAAGAUCAGCCGCAUGAAGGUCAGUCAUUGGAAUGGCAAUCAAGAUCAGUCGUAUGA